ACAAUCCAAAGGGAGAAGGCGUCUUAAUAAACGCCGCCCAAACAUUUCGUCCUCUUAAUCCCAUUUUCUAAGGUUUUUGUUUUCUCAAUUUCGCCGAGAAAAUGAGAGAGUGCAUUUCAAUCCACAUUGGUCAGGCCGGUAUCCAAGUUGGAAAUGCCUGCUGGGAACUCUAUUGCUUGGAGCACGGCAUUCAGCCCGAUGGACAAAUGCCAAGUGACAAGACCGUUGGUGGAGGAGAUGAUGCCUUCAACACGUUCUUUAGCGAAACCGGCGCUGGAAAACACGUUCCCCGCGCCGUCUUCGUGGAUCUUGAACCCACCGUCAUCGACGAGGUCCGAACCGGCGCGUACCGCCAACUCUUCCACCCGGAGCAACUCAUCAGCGGCAAGGAAGACGCUGCCAACAACUUCGCGCGUGGACAUUACACCAUUGGCAAAGAGAUCGUUGAUCUUUGCCUCGACAGGAUCAGAAAGCUCGCCGAUAACUGCACUGGUCUCCAAGGUUUCUUGGUGUUCAAUGCUGUAGGGGGCGGAACCGGUUCUGGAUUGGGUUCGCUUCUGUUGGAGCGUCUCUCCGUUGACUACGGUAAAAAGUCAAAGCUCGGUUUCACCGUUUAUCCCUCACCUCAAGUUUCAACCUCUGUUGUUGAACCCUAUAACAGUGUCCUUUCAACCCAUUCUCUUCUCGAACACACCGAUGUAGCCGUGCUCCUCGACAAUGAAGCCAUCUACGACAUUUGCAGGCGCUCCCUCGACAUUGAACGACCCACUUACACUAACCUUAAUCGCCUCGUCUCCCAGGUGAUUUCAUCCCUCACUGCCUCUUUGAGGUUCGAUGGAGCACUGAAUGUUGAUGUGACCGAGUUCCAAACCAACUUGGUUCCUUACCCAAGGAUUCAUUUUAUGCUUUCCUCUUAUGCCCCUGUGAUCUCUGCCGAGAAAGCCUACCAUGAGCAGCUUUCUGUGGCUGAGAUUACCAACAGUGCUUUUGAACCUUCCUCAAUGAUGGCAAAAUGUGACCCUCGUCAUGGCAAGUACAUGGCUUGUUGUUUGAUGUAUAGGGGUGAUGUUGUGCCCAAGGAUGUGAAUGCUGCUGUGGCCACCAUCAAGACCAAGCGAACUAUCCAGUUUGUGGAUUGGUGCCCAACUGGGUUCAAGUGUGGUAUCAAUUAUCAGCCUCCAACUGUUGUUCCUGGAGGUGAUCUUGCCAAGGUUCAGAGGGCUGUGUGCAUGAUCUCUAACUCUACUAGUGUUGCUGAAGUGUUCUCGAGGAUUGAUCAUAAAUUUGAUCUCAUGUAUGCCAAGAGGGCUUUCGUGCACUGGUAUGUGGGUGAGGGCAUGGAAGAGGGUGAGUUCUCAGAAGCUCGUGAGGACCUUGCUGCUCUGGAGAAGGAUUAUGAGGAAGUUGGUGCUGAGUCUGGUGAUGGAGAGGAUGUUGAAGGAGAAGAUGAUUAUUAGAAUGGAAUGUUAAUGUGCAAUGUCAUGUUUUUCUCAUGUAACUUCUCGUUUUCUUCUGGAUCAGAAUUUUAUCUGUGCUUUAUGGAUAUUGCUUGUGAAAUGUGAAUCGAUGUUUGUGCUCUUUUGAGCACAUAAGUUUAAUCU